AUGGAGGAGAGUACACAGGAAAAACAUCGCCCAUCGAUUGAAUCCAUAAUGUCAAACAGAGCGCGACUGUUGGUGGAACUAGCUCGAAAUUCAGCAUCUAGUGCAGUAGCCUCUCACCAAGUGCCCAAAGACGAUAACAUUAACAAUUUUGCGACCCAAUUGAACGAUGCAUCAGAUCCUCAAAGAACAGAGAGCAUGGUUCAAGUGUCAGUUCAAGAUCUAUUAGGAAAUGCAGAAUUGGUAGAUAAUCCAAUUUUAACAGUCCUAGAAGUGGCAGAAAUCCCAAAAGAAACAUCGUAUUCCAAAACUGAUGAAAAGUUAUAUUAUUUGGAACAAAACACAGAUUCUGAUAGUGGUAUUGUACCAAUAAUUGACUAUCAGGAAGAAGUUGUAGCAGAUGAAGAAGAGGUCCAUGAUGCAACUUCAGAUACUGAAAGACAUUCAGAACCAGAUCCAUUUCAGGAAAGUGGCAGCGAGUAUCUGCCAACAGAUACUGACUCAGAAAAUAGUUUAGGAAACGAAAACGUUGAAAACCAAGGAGGUGGAAACCAAGAAGAUCGUCGGACACCGGAUGGAAGAACAAAAAAACGUAAGAGUAAAGGGCAAAGAGAUCCAUCGCAAUGGAAACGAGCAAAAAAUUCGCAAGCGAGACUUAAAGGCCAUGCAUACAUGGGAUUUCAGAAAAAUACUGGAGGCAAGUACCAGCAAACAGUCUGUAGAGUUCAGCGCAAAGUAAAGCCGUCAUGUGGGGGACACAAAAAUGACUCUAAGGGACCACAACAAAAAUUUGAAUGUUUGCAAAUUACAAAUGAAAUGCGUAAUCAAAUAUUUCAAUCUUUUUGGGAAAUUAGUUCUUGGGAAGGUAAAAAAAUUUAUGUAAGUAGUCUUGUACUGCACUCUCAGCCCAAACACAGAAGACGAAACACUGCAGAAGAAGAGUCUCGAAAGAAAACAGGGUUUAAAUAUUAUUUAAUAACUAAAGAUAAUCCAGAGUCUACCAAAAAAUAUCACGUAUGCAAGAAAAUGUUUUUAGCCACUUUAGGUAUUGGAGAAAGAUGUGUAAGAGAAUGGGUUUUAAACAAAUGUUUACCAAAUAUGGAGCUAGGUAUUGAACCGGCUUUAGUAGAGCCACCUCAGGAUUCCGAAUGCACAAAAAAUGUUAAUCAAUUCUUAGACAGCUUGCCUAAAGUUGAAUCGCACUACUGUCGAGCAUCCACUAGGAAACUUUAUUUGGAACCCACUUGGAAUAGUUACAGACAUUUGCAUCGUGAGUUUAUUAACUAUUGUGAACGUCAAAACCUAAGAUCUUGUUCUUGGAGACUUUUCUAUAAAACUUUUAAGACAAGAAAUCUUGAAAUUUAUACACCUCGUAAGGACCAGUGCAACACAUGCGUGAAGUUUAAAAAGGGAAAUUUAAGUCAAGCAGAUUACGAUAGUCACGUUGCCAAGAAAGAACAGGCACGGUCAGAAAAAGAGCACGACAAACAAGAAGCUAUCUCAUCAGAGGCAGGAAACUCAAAACCCACAAGUUGGAAAAGAAAUAAUAUGACUGAGAUCGAUGAUAAUAAAUAUCCGACCAUCAAGUGA